AUGCGGUCAAUACUUGGUCUCGUGGCCCUGGGCCUGUCCGUCUGGACGGCGCGGGCGCUCGAGGUCGGCAUGGAUGAGACUGAUGCGAAUCGCCAAUACUGCUCUGGCAUGUACAGUCGGACGACAUGGGGCGGACCCGUCGACCCCUUCAUUCUCGUCAAGUUCCUCCAUUCCAAGGCGCCGGAAAAGACGGACCCGAUCGCGAGCUUGCUCAUCUUUGAGUGGAAGGACAAGGACCUGGUCGGACGGCCAGAUCCCAACUACCCAGGGCUGCGGCGACUUGAGCUCUGCCGCGACGAGUCCGUCAAGCAGGGCCACUGCAACGCAACCGACAUUGGAAAGUUCAUCACGACGCCCAACGCCACCGACCACUCCAACGCAUUGAUCGUGUCCAAGGCCAUCCACCUCGAGGACCCGAAGCCGAUCCACUACUCGAUCAAGAAGACCGGCUACUACUGCGUCGUGACAGACAGCUUCUCCGCCGAACGGUACAAUGCAGUCACCGAGUUCAGAAAUGCGUAUGGCGAACUGCCUGCGACGCAGAUCCCGAAAAUGCCCUUUUACGGCGGCAUGUCGAUUCUAUACGCCGUGGUGGUUGUCUUUUGGAGCUUCCUCUACUAUCAGCACCGCCAUGACAUAUUGGCGGUCCAAAAUUAUAUUACGGCCAUUUUGAUCUUCCUCGUCGUUGAAAUGCUCAUGACUUGGGGCUUCUACGACUACCAAAACAACCAUGGCUCGAAUGUUGGCUCCAAGGUGCUGCUCAUCAUUGUCGGCAUUCUCAACGCUGCGCGAAACUCGUUUUCGUUCUUCCUAUUGCUCAUUGUGUGCAUGGGCUACGGCGUGGUCAAGCCGACGCUGGGUCGUACCAUGAUCUAUGUGCGAUGGCUGGCCGCCGCUCACUUUGUGUUUGGACUUGUAUACUCCAUCACAAGUCUCGUUGUUUCGCCAGAAAGCGCAGGGCCGUUUGUGUUGCUCAUCGUUCUCCCGCUGGCCGGCACCUUGACCGCGUUCUAUGUGUGGACCCUCAACUCGCUGAACCUCACGCUCAAGGACUUGAGGGAGCGCAAGCAGCAUGCCAAGGAAGCCAUGUACAAGAAGCUCUGGUGGGCCAUUCUCAUCAGCAUCAUGGUCAUUUUCGGCUUCUUCUUCUUCAACAGCUUUACCUUUGCCUCCGUCAGCGAUCCUGAUUUCGUUCCGUUUCAUUGGAAGACUAGAUGGUUCGUCCUCGAUGGCUGGCUGAACAUUGUCUACUUUGCCGACGUCGCCUGGGUCGCCUACGUCUGGCGGCCCACGGCGAACAACCGUCGCUUCGCCAUGAGUGACGAGAUCGCCCAGGACGACGACGGCAACUUUGAGAUUGGCGACAUUGGUGUCCCCGACGGCUUCGACGACGACGAUGAAGAGGCCCAGAUCGGCAAGGACCAAGCGCACCCGCCACCCGUGACGGGCAUCACGGCUCCCACCACAGCGGGGCCGGCGCAGGCCGCGCAGAGCGGCCCGCAAAGGGACCAGGGGCGUAGCAUACCGCGGGACUCGAUUGACGGGGAGACGAUAUUCGCGGUGGGCGAGGAUGGAGACAGGUUCUCCGACGAUGGGAGCGACGAGGAGGAUGCCAAGCUGGUAAAGUCGAAAUGA